CAGUGCCCGGUAAACAUUGGCGUGAGCCGCCGGCCCCGCCGUGCUGGCGGCGCCCUGAGGGCGGCGGGGUCCGGGGCCGGGGCCAUGGACGAGCUCAAGCACCAGGUGAUGAUCAACCAGUUCGUGCUGGCGGCCGGAUGCGCCGCAGACCAGGCCAAGCAGCUGCUGCAGGCGGCCCACUGGCAGUUCGAGACUGCUCUCAGUGCUUUUUUCCAAGAAACAAACAUCCCCUACAGCCACCACCAUCAGAUGAUGUGCACUCCCGCCAACACGCCGGCCACGCCGCCCAACUUCCCCGACGCCCUCACCAUGUUCUCCCGCCUCAAGGCUUCAGAAAGCUUCAACAGCAGUAGCCCCGUGGCCUCCAUGGCGACUUCCCCGCCACCCCCGGCCCCGCCGCUGCCCCAGCACGGGGCCUUCAACCCCGCCUGGCCCACGGCUUCUCCACCCGGGCAGCAGCAGAGCAUGUGGACUCCGGCCGCGCCGGCGCAGCCCGCGGGCUGGCCAGCCGCCGUCUCCCAGCAGGCCAGCGCAGAACAGAAGGCCAACGUGACCAUGGAGGCAGAGAGAUGAGGCCGCGGCGGAGAGCGGACGCAGUGGGGACCCCUGCGUAUAAAUAUAUAUAUUUUUUUUUCUCCCCCCCUCCCCAAAGAGGAGAGGAACUCUGCUGCCAGGGCAUCUGGCAGCCGCCGAGACACAUGAGCAAAUAGCUGCCUUGCAUGGGUUUGGUUUGAAGUAGUUUUUACUUGUUCUCGAGCUGAAUGGAGCUCCCCAGAGACAGCGGGAGGCUGCGUGGGACCGGUGCCGGCCUCUGCCUGGGACCCUGACGCUGCCAGACUCUUGGGGAGGGAGCACCCCCUCCUCUCUUGGGACACCGGAGUUUGCAUGCCAGUGACAUUUACAGAGGAGGUCCCUUCCUCAGGGUUCCCUGGGCCACCCCACCAGGCAGAGUGAGUUGUGCCUGAGUGUUUCCCCCCAUCCUUUGGCCCCGAUCAACUGGGUGGGGGGUAGAUACCCCAUGAGGCUUGUUUUUUGUAAGGGGUGGAGAGAGCAGGGGCUGUUCCUGCACCACCACAGCCUCCACCCCACACACACCAUCCUCGAUGGUGAGCAGGGCUGGGGGACACCAGCCCUUGGGGAGGUGUCUGGCCCCUCGCCCAGCCGCGGAUGGGGAGCAGGGGGUCCCUGGUGGUCCGGCUGGGCCAGCGCACCUUCCCCUCAACCUCCCGGGGUGGGGUUUGCCCCAGGGCUGUUUUGCAUGACACAGUGUAACCCUAGAGACUGGGAUCGUUUUUAACCCCUCUGUUCUUUUCUCCCGGCGGCUGGAAGUCCCUCCGGAUGCGCCGCAGCCGCUUGCAAUACACGCUCUUCUGCUUUGAA